UUCACAUUAUAUUAUCACGAUAUGCCUACAAUUACCCUUUAAACCAAACCAUUUCUAGACCCACAAUCAGAAAUACCAAGUCAUUUGAGCUCUCAGUUCAUAGCAAACUCAUCACUUCCCACAAAACGAAAUUGUAUAAUCAUGUUGAUGAUAAACACUUCUGACAUGGGAUUGAUGGUGCACAUAAUCAGCUUGAUGUGUGUGCUGAUCAGUGUUCAGUUUUUGGCAACUUCUGCUUCUUUGAAGACUUAUAUUAUUCACGUUGAGUCACCUAAUCAAUUUGAUGGCAGUACACAGUUUUCCACCACAAGCUCUGUUUCCAAUGAAGAUCUUGACAGUUGGUAUCUGUCAUUCAUGCCGAAAAGGCCAAUAAUGGAGGCCAGCUCAAGCAGUACUAAAGAAGCACCUCGUUUGAUUUAUUCCUAUCAUAACAUUCUCACAGGUUUUGCAGCUAAGUUAUCAGCAGAGGAUGUGAAAUCCAUGGAGAAAAAGGCAGGCUUCAUAUCUGCAACACCUCAAAAAAUACUACCUCUUCAUACAACCCAUACUCCUAAUUUCUUGGGGUUGUACCAGAAUACGGGAUUCUGGAAAGAUUCAAAUUUUGGCAAAGGUGUGAUCAUUGGAAUGUUGGAUACCGGGAUUAUGCCGGACCAUCCUUCAUUUAGUGAUGAUGGAAUGCCUCCUCCACCUGCUAAAUGGAAGGGAAAAUGUGAAUUUGAUACCUCAGUGUGCAACAACAAGUUGAUAGGGGCAAGAUUUUUUCAAGUCACAGACGGCGAAACUGGAGAUGGUGCGCCGAUCGAUACUAACGGCCACGGCACUCAUACAGCGAGCACUGCUGCUGGAAACUAUGUUGCAGGCGCAAAUGUGUUCGAUAAUGCUAACGGCACGGCUGUCGGCGUUGCUCCUCUGGCUCACUUGGCAAUUUACAGAGUGUGUGGCGGUUAUGGCUGUUCCGAAAGCGCAAUAUUGGCGGCCAUGGAUGUUGCUAUUGAUGAUGGCGUUGACAUUCUUUCACUUUCACUUGGUGGGAGGUCAAAAGCAUUUUCUGUUGAUAGCAUCGCAAUUGGCGCAUUUCGGGCAAUGGAAAGAGGCAUUUUGGUGAGUUGCUCUGCAGGAAACAGGGGUCCAAUGGAUGGUUCAACAACAAAUGAGGCACCAUGGAUUCUCACUGUUGGUGCAAGCACUAUCGACAGGAAAAUCGGGUCGACUGCUGUAUUAGGCAACAACGUACAACUCGAUGGCGAAUCCCUUUAUCAACCUAAGGAUUUUCCAUCAAUACAAUAUCCGAUUUAUUUCCCUGGAGUGAACCAGGACGAAUCUGAUGUGGAUCGAUUUUGCUCCGAGUUUUCAACAAAUGUUACUGAAGUUAAGGGCAAAAUAGUGGUGUGCGAAGUUGGUGUCAUAAGAAACACAGAGAAAGGAAGCAAUGUUAAAGCUGCCGGUGGAGUAGGAAUGAUUAUCUUUAACUCUGAGGAAUAUGGUUAUAGUACGCGUGCAGAAACUCAUGUUCUUCCAACAGUUCAUAUAACUUACGCUGAUCGCAAAAAAUUAAUCGCGUAUGUCAACUCGACAAGUUCACCAAUGGCUGCAAUUUCAUUCAAAGGUACGAUAAUUGGAGAUGAACACGCUCCUCAAGUUGCUUAUUUUUCUUCCAGGGGUCCAAGCCAAGCCAGCCCUGGAAUUUUGAAGCCAGAUAUAAUUGGUCCCGGAGUAAACAUUCUGGCUGCCUGGUACAAAUCCGUGGAAAAUAUAACCAAUACCAAAUCCACUUUCAAUGUAAUCUCAGGGACUUCGAUGUCUUGUCCUCAUCUGAGCGGUGUAGCUGCAUUGCUCAAAAGUGCACAUCCUGAUUGGUCUCCGGCUGCCAUUAAGUCCGCGAUAAUGACCACGGCUGAUCUGGUGAACAUCGCGAAGAAUCCCAUCGAGGAUGAAAGGCAACUUCCAGCUGAUGUUUUCGCGAUCGGGUCAGGCCAUGUCAACCCUUCUAGAGCAAACAAACCAGGCCUGAUUUAUGACAUUUCGCCAAAAGAUUACAUCCCUUAUCUUUGCGGUUUGAAUUACUCGAACAAGGACAUUGGUGUGAUUGUGGGUCGCAAGGUGAAAUGCUCUAAAAAAUACAGCAUCACUGAAUCGCAAUUGAACUAUCCUUCAUUUGCGAUUCUCUUCGGAUCAUCAGUUCAAAAAUACACCAGGACACUUACAAAUGUUGGUGAGGCUAAUUCAGUUUACACUGCUAAGGUUGAUGCUCUAGAAGGUGUCAAAAUCACAGUGAAUCCAAAUACUCUGAAAUUUUCAAAGAUCAAUCAGAAGUUAACAUAUGAAAUCACUUUUACCAAAUUAUCAUCAACAUCUACAAACACCCGCAUGUCACAAGGAUCUGUGGCUUGGAUUUCUUCCAAGUACAUUGUUCGUAGCCCGAUUGCAGCAAUUUUUGGAAGUGUUUCUAGGGUGACGGGGACAUAAAGUAAGGUUAUUUAGGGACUAGCUAGUAUCCCCUCCAUCCGAAUAUUAAACCGUGAAUUUUAUCCAGUGUACUCGUUUUUUAAGGACGGAAAUAUUAAUUUAUGUGUUUUUGAUAAUGCUAUUUUUGUUUAGUGCAUAGCUGCAAUUUUGGAACCCACAGAGCCAGAGAUAUUUGUUUUUCAGUCAUCAGGGAUGCGUUUACGGGAACACUCUGUUCAAAGGAGAAUAAUGUAUUCGAUUACAUAUCCAUGUAUGUCUUAUAAUAUACUGAGAUAUUUAGAAUGUUGACGGCAG